UUUUUUGAUUGGCUAUGAUAGAAAAUCACGUUUUUCUCUACCUAAUUUUGUAAAAAUAUACAUAAAGGAUUUUUUUUUCCCUUUGUUCUAUUUCUUUCUUUUCUUACUGUUUUUGAUUUUUAUGUUUUAUAAAAGGGAUCAAUAGAUAAUCCUUUCUUUCUUUUGAUUAUUAUCAUCAUCUAUCAUGAAACUUUGGGUUAGUUUGGCUCUAUUUGGUACUUUGUUUACCAGUGUUUUGGCUAAACCACAUCAUCUUCCCUCUUUUCCUGAUCAAUGUGGUCGUCAUCCUGCUCAAAGUUGUUCGGCUGCAGCUAAUCAAACGGCAAAUUCAUGUUGUGUUGAAAAAAAGGCAGGUCUUUUCUUAUUGAGUCAAUUCUGGGACGUUCAUGCUGGGUAUGAAGAUAGUUGGACAAUUCAUGGUCUCUGGAACGACUUUUGCAAUGGAUCUUAUCCUUCCAACUGUGAUCCCUCAAGAAGCUACACCAACAUAACUGAAGUUCUUGUCUCUCGUCGCGCGUUCAAAUUACUUCAAGAUAUGAAUAAUGAUUGGCCCAACUCUGCUGGACAUGUCGACGAUUUCUGGUCUCAUGAAUGGAACAAGCAUGGUACCUGUAUGUCGACUUUUGAACCUGGAUGUUAUGAAAAAAAGGAUCCUUUCCAAGGCAUGAUUGAUUAUUUCAACACCACCAUGAAGCUUCACAAAAAGUACAAUAUUUACAAAGCAUUGAAACGUCAUGGGAUCGUACCUGGUCACAAGUAUUCUACUAGCAAGGUUCAAAAGGUGAUUAAAAAAGAAUUUGGUAUGUUACCUGAUCUCAGAUGUACUACAGAAGGUCAUUUAGUAGAAACUUGGAUGUAUUUCCAUGUCAAUGGUCCUGUCAAACGCAUGGAUAUUGUUCCUACUCUCAACAACAACGCCACCAAUUGUAACAGUACUUUGAUUUAUCCUACAAAAUAUCCUAAUGAUACCGCCAACCCCAAGAUAUGGUGAAUCUCUUUAGAAUAGUUAUUUAUAUGAAUUUAUAUCAAUAAAAAGGAAUCAAUCUUUGAAUUGAUAUUUAUCAACUCUUUA